AUGAAUGCAGUUUCUAAUUUGUUAUUAGAUAGUUCGCUGCUUUUGAUUGCCAUGUGCACUAAUCCAAUGGAUAUUUUCGAUGAUUUCAACGAACGUGCGAAUAUUCGUCGAAGAAAAUUUGUGGUAAAACAUCGUAAAUUGGAUCUAACGUGUGCUGUUUGUGGAGGUGUUGCUCAUGGUUACAACUUCGAUGCUAUCUCAUGUGAAUCUUGCAAAGCAUUCUUUCGUCGGAACGCUUUACGAUUACCGGGUAAAUUGAUCUGCCGCCAAAAAAAUGAUUGUAUUGUCAGAUCAACCAAUGACAAAGAAAAAGAAGAGAAACGAUUGAAAAUUGCGGAGAAUCGUCGUAUAAAAGAAAUUCAAAAUGCUCUGAAAACUGAAGCUCUCUCGGUUGAUGCUUUACUUGAAAGUCCAAAAGCUCUUCUCUGUCUCUCGACCUCCAAUGUGGAGCAUUUGACCGAAACAGAUCUCUCAAAAUUAAAAUCUCUUGAAAAUGCGUACAUCACGGCAGUGAAACUAAAUCAAAUAACUGGCAUAUUGAAGUAUCCGGCGAUUCACUCGAUUAGCUCGACAUUAGAUUUAUUUCGUAUCCCGAUAUUUCUUUCUUCGAUGCGAUUAAUCACUUAUUUUAAACAAAUUCCCGAAUUCCAACACUUAACGAUGGAUGAACAAAUCUAUUUAGUUAAGUUAAACACGUUACUCAUCGCUUUUCUACAUUCAAUGUUUAUCUACAAUGUUGAAAAUGUCAUUUAUCAUGAACCUAAUACAGACGAUCCAUUAUUUUUAGAAAAAGACUGGACGAAAACGAUCACUAAAGAAUUCCAUCAAGAAAUGAAGCAAAUCCGGUCGAAUCUUAACGAAAUUCUGCAAACUGGCACCCAAACUAUGUCCGUUAUCUUCUUAAUUAAUCUCUUCUGUAUCGGCUUCACCUCAAAAUCUCCUCCAGAUAAUCUCACUGCACUCCACAUUUUACAUGCACAAAGCGUCUACAACGAAUUGUUUUGGAAAUACUGCCUACAUCACUAUGAUUUAUCCAAAUCACUAAGAUUGCAUUUGCAACUCACAACUAGCAUUAUGAAACUGCAGACACUAAUAUCGAAUUUCUGUGCAAGAAUCCAUGACUAUCUUGAUGUGACGAAAUUAUCGCCAUUGAUGCAAAGUCUUCUAUAG